ACAGUUGACAUCUUAAGAGAAAUGGGUGGAGACAUGGGGUGUUGUUUUUAAAUCGUGCCUCUUCCAUCAGCUUGGGAUACAAACUGUCGACAAAAAAUGAUUCCAGAGGUGUAGGAAGGAAUACAGGAUUACAGUUGUAAAUCGAUUCAAAUAUACUGCAAAAAAAUGGCUGGGAUUGCCUCCAAACUACAACACGAUCGAGAAAGAUCCCAAGGCAUUGGCGGGUACACACGGGCGGUGAACUAUUACAACCAGGACUUUGAGGCGCUGAAGAGAGACUGCUUGGAACGCAGGAGGCUGUUUGAGGAUGAGUCAUUCGAGGCUGUGACAUCUUCCUUAGGUUUUAAAGAUCUUGGACCAAAUUCAUACAAAGUCCGUGGUGUCAAAUGGCAGAGACCGAAGGAUAUAUGCAGAAAUCCGAAAUUUAUACUGGAAGAUGCUACGAGAACUGACAUUUGUCAGGGAGCACUUGGCGACUGCUGGCUCCUAGCAGCCAUCGCGUCUUUGACCCUCAACAAGCAGGUUCUGUCUCACGUCGUCCCUCCCAACCAGAGCUUCGAGCACAACUACGCUGGCAUCUUCCACUUCCAGUUCUGGCAGUUUGGGAAGUGGGUGGACGUGGUGGUGGACGACCGCCUGCCAACCAAGGACGGCGAGCUGCUGUUUGUCCACUCUGCUGACAGCUCAGAGUUCUGGAGCGCCCUGCUGGAGAAGGCCUACGCUAAGCUCAAUGGCUGCUACGAGGCGUUGUCAGGUGGCAGUACGAUUGAAGGCUUUGAGGACUUCACCGGGGGAAUCGCUGAGAAACACGAUCUGCUGAAGGCCGGACCCCCCCUUUUCAAGAUCAUCAGAAAGGCCCUGGACAGAGGCUCUCUCCUGGGCUGCAGCAUCAACAUCACCAGUGCGGCCGAUUCCGAAGCGGUCACGUCUCGUAAGCUGGUCAAGGGCCACGCCUACUCGGUGACUGGAGCAGAGCAGGUGGCGUACAGAGGAGACCAGGUUCAGCUGAUCCGCGUGAGGAACCCAUGGGGGGAGGUGGAGUGGACCGGGAGGUGGAGUGACAAUUCUAUGGAGUGGCGCUAUGUGGGGGACGCGGACCGAGACAGACUGAAGAAGAGCUCUGAAGACGGAGAGUUUUGGAUGUCCUUUUCGGAUUUCCUGUGUCAGUAUUCCAUGCUGGAGAUCUGCAACCUCACACCCGACGCGCUCACAGACACGGGGGUGAAGAAGUGGGCCCUGUCUGAGUUUGAGGAGGGCUGGAGACGGGGCUCCACGGCGGGGGGAUGCAGGAACUUCACGGACUCUUUCUGGAAGAACCCCCAGUUCGUCAUAAAGCUGGAGGAGGUGGAUGACGACCCGGGUGAGGGGGAGAAGGGGUGCACGGUCAUCGUGGGUCUGAUGCAGAAGUACAAGCGGCGCAUGAGGAAGAUGGGAGACGACCUGGAGUUCAUGGGCUUCGCCAUUUAUGAGAUGCCUAAAGAGUUUUCUGGGAGCAGGCAAGUGCACAUGAAGAAGAGGUUCUUCCAGACCAAGUGUUCUCAGGCUCGCUCCGAGACCUUCACCAACAUGCGAGAAGUUUGCAAUCGCUUCUGCCUUCCUCCCGGGGAGUACCUGAUCAUCCCGUCCACCUACGAACCCAACCACAACGCAGACUUCUACCUGCGCGUUUUCACAGAGAAACAAGCCGAUUUCGAAGAGAUCGAUGACCCGAUUAAAUGCGACAUUGAACAGAUUGAGGUGGAUGAAGAUGAUAUAGAUGACAGGUUUAAGAGUCUGUUUGGAAAACUCUCUGGAAAGGAUUCGGAAAUGUCCAUGUUUGAACUGCAAAAGGUUCUCAACAAAGUGGUGAUGAAGAGGGCUGAUAUCAAGACCUCUGGGUUUAGCUUAACUACAUGUCGCAACAUGAUCACUCUACUGGAUAAAGACGGAACCAGAAAACUUGGCCUUCUGGAGUUUAAGAUCCUGUGGACUAAGAUUGAGAAACUGCUGAUUUUGUACAAGGGGAAAGACGCAGACGGAAACGGCUUCAUGAGCACGACUGAAAUGCGCUUGGCUGUCGAAGAGGCUGGGUUUUCCCUCAGCAGCCCCCUGCAUCAAAUCAUCGUGGCUCGCUACAGCGAGCCAGACCUCACCAUUGACUUUGACAACUUUGUCUGCUGUGUGAUUCGUCUGGAGAUUCUCUUCUUAACCUUCAAGGCCUUGGACAAAGACCACGAUGGCAGGAUAGAGCUGAAGCCUCUGGAGUGGCUGCAGUUGUCCAUGGUUUUGUAGUCAAGCCAUGGCAGUCCCCCCAGUGAUGACCGCAGUCCGAAUGAAUCCCGUAUUGAACGUCUUCAAAUACACCAUUGAAAUCAUCAUAUCAUGCACAUCAUAUGUAUCAUACAUCAAACAUAGCAUACAUGUACAUCAUACAUCAUCACAUCACAUGUGUGUAUUUCUUUUUCUCGCCUCUCGCAUGAAUCACUUGAUAAUUAUAUGAUUGGGUCCAUGAGUGUUUUUCAUUCUGUCAAUAAAGGUUGCACACAUCUCA